AUGAAGAAAUUAUACUCUCCUACAAUAAUUGCAAAAAAAAAUGACCUUCCUUGGCCAAGUUUUGAAAAAUAUUUUGAAUACCACAAGGCUGGUAAUAAUACUAAUAUUAUUGUCAAAUGCCUCUUAUGCCUACCAUAUAAAAAGUAUAUUGCAGCAUCUAAGUCAUCCACAGCUAAUUUAUGGAAACAUAUCUCUAGAAAGCAUCCUAACCAAUCCGUAAAUAUAAAACAAACCAUAGAUAAUAAAAAAAACAAUUCAGCCACAUCAAGUAAGUUAAAACAAACUAAACUUGACUUUGGUGGAAAAUCAAAUUUUAAAGGUAUCAGCAAAGAUAAAUUUGAUUCACAAAUUAUUAAAUAUAUAAUAAAUGGAAAUCACCCAUAUACAACCUGUGAUGAUGAAGAUUUUGUUGAGCUGAUAAACACCCUGCAACCUAAUAUGAAGAUUAUAUGCAGACAAACCUUAACCUCAAGAAUAUCAAAAUAUUUUGUUCAAAUGAAAGAUAUUCUAAUAGAAAAAUUGUUAGAGCCUAAUUAUGUUUGUACAACAGCUGACUGCUGGACAGCAUUUAAUCGCUCCUAUAUUGGUAUAACAGUGCAUUGGAUUGAUGUGGAGAAAUUGGAAAGGCGUUCAGCUAUUCUAGCCUGCCAAAGACUACAAGGUAGGCAUACAUAUGAUGUGAUCAGCAAAGCCUUAACUGCUGUUUUUAAGGAGUUCCAUAUCCAAAAUAAAAAUAUCUGCACAAUAACGGAUAAUGCUAGCAACUUUUCAAAGGCGUUUAGAGUAUUUAGCUGCCCAUCUAUUAUAAUGGAGGAAGAUUCUGUUUCUGAUAUUGAAUAUAUCUCAAUAGAAGAUAUAAUGUCUUCUUCUGGGCUCUCCAGUUAUGAUAAUAAUGACUUCGACUACCUUCCCAAGCAUCGAAGAUGUUCUUGCCAUACAUUAAACUUAGUGGCAACACAAGAUGCCAACAAGUUACUUUUAAACAAUGAGGGGUAUAGGAAAGUGGGGUUCCUUUUAUAA